UUACGCCUCAUUGAAUUCGUAUUGAUCAAAAACUGUCAAUGUCAUUAAAAUAAUAUAACAAAGCUGCAAAAUAAUGACAAGAGAAUAGUAAGAUCAUGUUUAAAAAGGUUCCUGAGAGUUUAAAUAUUUAGCUAUUCUAUAUUUUAGUUGACAAAAUUAUUUGUAGUGGAGAUUGUUUCUCAUUGUUCGCUCGUUUAGUCACAGUUGAAGUAGGCCUUUGUCAGUCUUUGGGUUGGUCAUUUUAUUAAACUAUUUUAUUUAUGUUCAUUUUUGUCAAAUUCAAAGGACUAAAAUACGUAUUCUAACAGUCUAGGCUACUCGUUGAACGUUGCUAUGGUAUUUUAAUUAUUUAGUUGUUGCUCUUGGCCUGUUGCGUCGUGCGUUACUUAGAUACCGUCUGCAUAGUUGGCGAGCUUCGAACAGAACCGUCUGUGAAGAGAAUAUCUGAACUCUAGAAUUUGGAUCAUAGAGUAUGGCCACAUUCAGCACCAAGCCUGGGCUCAGGUACAGCGUGCCUGACUGGGACGCUGGCAACAGGCAGCUGUCUGACACAGCGGAGCGACGGAGGCAGAGCUCACAGGAGACAUGCCAGGAGGCACGGAUGUUACGCAACGAGACCACCAGUAAGACUAUCUGGAAUGAGAGUGACAGCUCUCGCAGGCUGACUGAGAGGGUGUGGGGCAUCACCCGCUGGAGGGAGACACUGGAGGCCUCGGCCCAGGAACUGGACAGAGAGAUGGAUGCCCUCACGCUGUCGAAGGAGGAGAUGGAGAGGGCGCUGGCUGCCACCCUUGUGCCCCUCGAGGUCACCGUGGAGUGCAUGGUCCUGAGGGAGGGUCGCCGGGGCAACGAGCUCCUUAGCGACCCCGUGGAGGCUCAGCUGAAGAAGGAGGUGGAUGUGAUUGAGAGGGCGCAGCACGCGCUGCAGCAGGGAGUCGACACCAGCUUCACUCAGCUGUGUCUCCUUCAAGAGGCUCGACACCAGGUGACCCAUGACCUCCAGAACAAGAUGGACGCCCAGGGCAUCGACACAACCUGCCUGAAGCUCACCGUGAACUCUCCUGGAAUCUCCCUGAAGCCGAACCCCACCCGCAUACCCAUCAGUUCCUCUACUCCCCAGCAGUGGGAGCAGUUCAGCCAGCACAACGUGAGCAAAGCCCAGCAGGAGAUGCAGGCGUCGCUACAGCUGAGAGAGGAGAUGCGACUCAGCAGACUCCAGAUACAAAAUGAGCUGCAAUCCCAGCGCAUCGCUACAGAGUUCUCCAUCCGCAAACGCACACACCAGCUGCAGCAGGCCCACGAUGAGCGGAAAUGGCAGUUACAAAGCACCCAGGAAGAGAUCAGUCAGCUGGAGAGAGACAUCCUUGGGUUGGAGGGCGACCUGCAAGCCAAGACGGCACCGUUAAAGUUGGCCCACACCCGACUGGAACACAGAACUGAGAGACCGGGCAUGGACCUGUGCAGGGAUGAGGUUCAGUAUGGACUGGUGGAAGAGGUGAAACAGCUGGAAGGGACCAUCCAGGCUUUAAAACAGAAGCUUGCUGAAGCACAACACUCCCUCCAGAACCUGCAGCUCCACGAGGCUCGUAUGCAGAAGGAUCUGUCUCGGAAGCAGGAGGCCAUCUCCCUGGAGCGGAGCAGUCUGGAGACACGUGGACGUCUCAGUUCCAUCCUCACCUCCGGCCCCAUGGCUGUGGUCCCCCUCACCAACUCCAGUGGGAGACACAACCUGAUGGACAGUCUCACAUCUUAGCCUGCCUCUCCUUCAGCAUUACUUCACUGUAAUCUUUGACUUUUUGCGUUUGAUUUGUGAUUAACUUUUACUUACUAGCAGGCUACCCUUCUACUAUUAUCAUCUGGUGGUGUUUCUCCUUUGUGUUGAGGGUUUAGGAAACUGCUCUGGUGAUAGUGUUGGUCAGUUUGUUUUUAGCACGUCUUUCAGUAUUAUGUAGCUACACAACGUAAAACACUAAUCACUGAAGAUGAGAGCAUGUGAUAAACAGUACUAUUACUAUAAAACUGACACACUGAUAAAAACACAGACAUAUGGUUCCUCCAAGUGAUCCUGUUUGGAAACAUUCAAUUGACGCAGUUUUUCUUUUAUUGACCAUCAGCAUUACUGACCCUGUUUAUCCUCCCCUGUUCCUGCUGGUGCUGUUUGAUCAGGCCCGGGGAUGGUGACGAGGAUGUGAACUUUGUCUUGUAUCAGGGAUAUAAAUAAAAAUAUUGUUCUCACAAU